AUGAUCUUCUACUUUGUCUGUGCACUUUUCCUUCUUAACGCAUUCACAGCUGAGGGUGCUGCCACCGCGCCAUGUGAGGAUCAAGGAGGCGAGUCGUUCUGCCUUGGCCCAAAGCACGCCGGCCAGUGCAGCAGUCCGGACUUCCAGCCCAUUGCGCAGCAGUUCUGUGCUAAAACUUGUGGUAUUUGUCACUGA